AUGUACGCUGAUGAUAUCGCACUGGUAGAUGGGGACAAAGGACAGCUCAUCAGACGCGUGCACGCAUGGAGGGAGGCGCUUGAGAACGGCGGGCUGAAGCUAAAUGUGGCGAAGACGGAGUAUAUGACCCGUAACAGCACAGAUCUGACGUCUCUCCGUAUAGGCGACGACACCGUCGAGCGCACGGACAACUUCAGGUACCUCGGAUCUGUGCUUGAUGCGUCAGGAGACAUCGAUCGCGACAUCAAGGCCCGUAUAUCAGCGGCCUGGGCGAAAUGGUGCGAGGUGACGGGUGUCAUUUGUGACCCCAAAAUGCCGGUCAAGCUGAAGGGACAGGUCUAUAAGACCAUCAUAAGGCCUGUCCUUACGUACGGCAGUGAAGCGUGGCCGGUGCUAGAGCGACACCGGCAGUUGUUGCAUGUCACGGAGAUGAACGUGCUGCGGUGGAUGUGUGCUUGA